CCCCGGAUGCUCCACUGGGUGGAGGCACUGCCGCAGACAUGUACCCCAGCUCCCAGAUAGCGGAGGCUCAGGAUCCGCCUGUCAGGCAUAGUGAGUUAACUAGGGUUAGGGACCCCAAAGACACUAGGGGGCGCCCUCAAAACCCCGUUACAUGUGGAGGCACUGCUGAGAUGAACUGGGGUACAACCAGUGAGAAUAAGUUAAGUCCUCAGGCCACUCCCUCCUUUGCAAAAGAGUGGGCCCAGCAAAGAAAUGUACCAUUACAGCAAGCUGUGAUGUUAUGCAAAGUCCCAUCCUGCUGUGAGAUGAAUCACGUCAUCUUGUGUGUAGAAAUUCGACUGGGAAUAGAAAUGGCGACCGUCAGGGAUAUCCUGCAGGAUUCCGGAGGCCAAACUUACAUGUUAAUAUAUUGUCAUACGGACUUGGGAGACCAUGAGAUGCCUACCAACGUUCAUUUAUAUGGAGCCCCGGAUGAAGGAUGCUCCUUAGUGUACGCUCUCCUUGAUAAGAAAGAAAGGGUCUCACUGCAACAACCCUUUAAAUUAGAACAGAGAGAGUAUGUCACAGAAAAUUAUUCUAAGCUCCUGACUCCCAUCCCCGGAAAUACCGGAGCCAUUCCUAAACAAGCUGCCCAUCCUCCUAGAGGACAGGGGAUGAUUACUCCUAAAGCAGAAUCUCAUCCAUCUACAGCAUUACUGAAACCAGACAACCCUGAAGUACGCACCCUGCCUACAGGAGGUAGUGAUGUGUCGGACAUAUUACAGAAACUCUCAGAAGCCAUAGUGACGGCAAACCACACUCAUAGUUACCGCAAACUAAAGGUGUUUUCUGGGAAUCAGCCUGUUCCUUCAGGAGAAGAGCCUUUUGAGGUCUGGAAGGAUAAUGCUAUGCAGUUGUUGGAGGAAUGGUCUUGUACGGAUACCAUAAAGAAACAGCGGUUGGUGGAGAGUCUCCGUUUUCCCGCUACAGACAUGAUAAGACUGUACAAGGGAGUAAAUGGGCAAGCUACUGUGCACGACUAUCUACAAGUUUUACAGGAUGCUUAUGGGAGAUCAGAAGAUUUGGAUGAUCUGUUGGUUAAGUUCCUAGCCACUAAGCAGAAGGAGCAUGAAAAAGCCACUGACUAUAUCAACCGGUUACAGCUAUCACUUGGAAAGUUAUUCCAUAAAGGAGCAGUCACUGCCUCUGAGUUGGAUGCUCGGCUAUCUAAGCAAAUUCAGAGAGGUGGUUUGACCAAUAAUCCAGUUAUGAUCCUGCUGAGAGCAAAGUUGGAUGAUAAAGUUCUGCCUUAUUCCACAUUAAUAAAUACAGCCAGGAGAUUGGAAGAUCAGACGUGUCCACCCCUACAGAAGGAGAAAGAGGAUACAGAACUGUCAGCUCUUAGGAAGAAGGUGGCUGAAUUGGAGCUCUUAUGCAAAUCACCACCAGAGAGAGCAGAUCCUCCCCCUGGAAGUGGGGGACAACACAGGAAGACUCAGAAAAAACUGUUUCCUGAGGAUUCACCCCGUCGAGGGGACUGCUUUAAAUGUGGAAAGUCAGGGCAUUUUCAGCGGGAGUGCCCUGCGAAUUCCAUGGAGGUGGAUGUGGAGGUGCUGGCAACCGAGCUUGAGGAGACUCAAAUGACCAGGUCUUACAAGCGACGGAAGACCCGGCCUACAUAUAGUUUAUCUGUAGGGGCCAAGAUUGGGCCAAAAUCUUUGAUACACGUGCAAGUAGAAGGAAUUCAUGCUUCAGCAUUACUAGAUACAGGUUCUCAAGUCACCAUUAUCUACAGAGACUUCUAUGAACGUCAUUUGAAACACAUUCCUAUGGAACCUGCAGGAGAGUUUCAGCUAUGGGGCGUUGGGUCUCAAGCUCAAUCUGUGGAGGGAUGCAUAAAAGUGACCAUAACUAUUCCCCAGUUAAACACCGGGAUGAUAUGUCCUAUGGAGCUGGAAGUUUUGAUAUGCCCUGCAGCCAAGAAAGUGUGUGCCCCAAUAAUAUUGGGUACUAAUGCAAAGAUGGUACAGGAUGUAUUCAAGGCCUAUCUGACCGAAGUGGGAGACGUCUCCUUAGACCGAUUGAUGGAGGUCAGCCCUGUCCUAGGAAAAGAGUGUAGACGACUAGCCCUUGAAACAAAACCAGGGUCGUGCCACUAUUCAGGAACAGAAUCCGCAUUUGUGAAGCCUGGUGAGACCAAAACCUUACGAGCCAUAGCCUCAAUGCACCAUGAAAUGUUGGGGGGAACUGGACAAUACCUUAUUGAGUCUCUGCCUGAAGAGGAUCAGAAGAAGGGGUGGACUCUCAUACCUGAGGUAAAAGAUUGGCGAAAAAGGUGGUGUCGGAGCUUUCCUGUGAUGGUACAGAAUUUAACCCCCACAGAAAUCCGGAUUGAUCGUCAUCAGAAGAUUGGUGUGAUACACCUUUUAGAUCAAGUUUCGUCCAUCAUGUCUGUGAGUGCAGAACAGAAGGAUCAUGUGAAAGCACCUUUAGAUUUUGAUCUAGAAGAUUCUCCUCUACCACAGCAGUGGAAAGACAGCCUUCGUUCAAAACUGGCCACCCGAGAGGGAGUGUUCUCCAGAGCAGAGAUGGACGUGGGGUGUUCUAAGAGUGCCACCCAUGCUAUAAGACUUGCUGAUUCUACUCCUUUCAGAGAAAGGUCAAGAAGAAUACCCCCUCGAGAUGUGGAAGAUGUCCGGGACAUACUCCAACAGAUGGAAGGAGCAGGCAUCAUCACAGAGUCCCGGAGCCCCUAUGCCUCACCUAUUGUGGUAGUGAGGAAAAAGAAUGGUUCAGUUCGGCUAUGUGUGGACUACCGUACUCUGAACAAGAGGACUGUGCCAGAUCAGUACACUUUGCCCCGGAUAGAGGAUCUUCUGAACGCCCUAUCUGGCAGCCAGUGGUUCAGUGUGCUUGACUUGAGGUCUGGAUAUUAUCAGGUACCCAUGAAGAAGGAGGAUCAGGAAAAGACAGCGUUCAUCUGCCCUUUGGGGUUCUUCCAGUUCACCAGAAUGCCACAGGGAGUCACAGGAGCUCCUGCUACUUUUCAGAGGCUGAUGGAGAAAACUGUGGGGGAUAUGAAUCCCAAAGAGUGUCUAGUGUAUCUAGAUGACCUAAUUGUCUUCGGGAAGACACCAGAGGAGCAUGAACAAAGAUUGCUAAAGGUGUUGGAUCGACUUCAAGUUGAAGGCCUGAAGCUAUCAGUGGACAAAUGCCGAUUUGCCCAGAACUCUGUCACUUAUGUGGGGCACAUAGUCUCCGCUGAAGGAGUAGCCACAGAUCCUGCUAAAAUUGAAGCAGUGUUGAAUUGGCCAAGACCAAAUAACAUCAGUGAGUUGCGGUCCUUUCUCGGAUUCUGUGGUUACUACCGAAGGUUCGUGAAAGACUACUCAAAGAUUGCUCGAGAGUUACAUGACCUACUGAAGAUUACCUCUGACGUAAAGGGUGCUAAGGCACUAUAUCCUAAAGAUCCCUUUGGAGAAAAAUGGACUUCAGGAUGUGAAGAUGCCUUUCUGACAUUGAAGAAGAGACUUACAGAAGCUCCUGUCUUAGCUUAUGCAGACCCUGAGAAACCAUAUAUCCUCCAUGUGGAUGCCAGUAUGGAAGGCCUAGGGGGUGUACUGCACCAAAGUUAUCCAGAAGGAUUGAGGCCGGUGGCUUACAUAAGUAGAAGUCUUACAGGUGCAGAGAAGAACUAUCCAGUCCAUAAAUUGGAGUUUCUGGCACUCAAGUGGGCCAUCGUGGAUAAGCUGCAUGACUAUUUGUAUGGAGCAACAUUCGAAGUAAGGACUGACAACAAUCCACUUACCUACAUCCAGACUACAGCUAAGCUGGAUGCCACAGGACAUAGGUGGUUGGCCGCCCUGUCAAGCUACAGUUUCAGCCUGAAGUACAAGCCUGGGCCCAAGAAUGUCAGCGCAGAUGCCCUGUCCCGCAGACCUAGACUCCCUCCUCACCAAGAAGAAGAGGAGUGGGAAGAGAUCCCUGGGCCGGGGGUAGGAGCCUUUUGUCAGAUGUAUGUGGUGGCCGAGAGUCAAGAAGAAUUUGCCGAGCUAAGAGGGAUAGACUCCAUUAGCCACUCUCCAGAAGCCGUGCCUGAGGUGUUCCAUGCUCCGGUCAUGCUUCAACAGUGGUCCAGUAUAACCACAGAAGACAAGAGGAAGGCUCAAGCGCAGGACUGGUAUAUUGGGAUAGUUAUCAGAGCCAUGAAGACUAAGAAUCCUAAAUUGCUGACUUCUCUACCUGUGAGUCAAAGAGAAUUAUACCGAAGAGAAUGGAGCCGACUACAUCUCGAAGAUGGAGUACUCUAUAGGGUUGUGAAGUAUCAUGAUCACCCUGACAGAAAACAGUUGGUACUACCGCACAGACACCGUGGCAUGGUCCUGAGAGCUCUCCACGAUCAACAUGGGCAUCUCGGGGUGGACAAGACCUAUGGCCUAGUACAAGAUCGGUUCUAUUGGCCUCGCAUGAGGGAACAUGUCGAGCAACAUGUAAAGACAUGCAGGAGGUGUAUCCAGAGGAAGACCCUGCCUGUGAGAGCUGCCCCUAUGGGUCAUCUGAAAAGUACGGGACCCAUGGAUCUUGUGUGCAUGGACUAUCUCUGCAUUGAGAACGAUACAGCGGGAAUUGGAAAUGUGCUGGUGGUAACGGACCAUUUCACCAGAUAUGCUCAAGCCUUCCCCACUAAAGAUCAAAAGGCUGUGACUGUAGCCAAAGUCCUUUGGCAGAAGUAUUUUAUUCACUAUGGACUACCCAAUCGGAUACACUCUGAUCAAGGUAGAGACUUUGAGAGUAAGUUGAUCAAGGAGCUGUUGGACAUGUUGCAGGUGCAGAAGUCCAGAACCACACCUUAUCAUCCGGAAGGGGAUGCACAGCCAGAACGAUUCAAUAGGACCCUCCUAGAUAUGCUAGGGACUCUCAAGCAAGUCGAGAAGCGGUCUUGGAGUAAACAUGUGGAAGCCAUGGUCCACGCAUACAAUUGUACAAGGCAUGAAUCUACAGGGUUCUCACCCUAUUUCCUAAUGUUCGGAAGAGAAGCUCGAUUGCCGAUAGAUGUCCGUUUGGGAGUGUCUCCUGAUGGAACAGAUUCAACUUCACACUUUCAAUAUGUGAGGAACCUCAAACAAAACCUUCAUCGGGCCUAUGAGUUGGCUACCCAAGCUGCAGCAAAAAUGGAAGAACGGAACAAAAGAAGGUAUGAUUCUAAGGUGAGAUAUCGGGAGAUUCAAGCAGGGGAUAAAGUUCUUCUCCGGAAUCUAGGUGUGCCUGGAAAACACAAACUGGCUGACAGAUGGAAAGAUAUCCUGUUUGAGGUUGUGUCCAAACUGGAAGGACUGCCAGUGUACAACAUUAGGGGCCCGGAGGGCCGAAUAAAGGCUUGGCAUAGAAACCAUCUGCUUCCAGUUGUGUAUGCUGAUGAAGAGGAAGAGAGUAGUGAAGAACUGGAGGAAAGCCCAGCCGAGAGUCCUGGAAAUGGGGCAGAGGAGACCCCGGGAACUCCCAGUGCAGAGGACCAGUGGUGGUCAUCACCCGCAGAAGAAACACAGCAAUUGCCUCCUUUAACUCCUGUGGUUUCACAAAGUCCCGAAACCUCUCCUGGGUCACAAAGUUCUCCAAGGUUGAAUCCAGAAAGUCCAUGUUUUGUGCCUGGAACUUCCCUUAGAGACUCUACUUCGAGGGCAGGAGUUGAGGUUCCACAGUUGAUGUCCCAAGAUCCCCUUCCACAGCGAGAACUGAGACACAGCACCAGAGUGCGGCAACCCCCUAGGGCCCUAGUUUAUGAUAAUAUAGGAGAGCCCAGUUAUGCCCCGCUGACACAAGCAGCAUCUAAAAUGGCCACUUUCCUACAUGCACUAGCUGAAGUGGUAAAUGUUAGCGACUCUUUACCCUAGAUAACUAGCUAGCUAGGAUGUUACUGUGUUAACUGUACUGUAUGUAUGCUAAACCUUUUUCUGUUGAGUUUUUGUUAAGCUCCCUGACUAGGACUUGCCAGUGGAAGGCAAGUAUUUUCAAGGGGGAGCAUGUAACCCUGUGAAGUUACACAGGCUGCAUUAUCUGAAAUGCCCAGUAGAUGGCAGAUGGACUCAGUAUGCUGUUGAUAAAACAUUGAGCUUUGGUCACAUGAUUGUGACAUCAUCGAAGGUCCUGUAAGCUUUCCAGAAGUUACUACGUGCUCAGCCAAAAAAGGACAUGUGUCUGAGAAUGUGAGAGACUGCAGCACAGAGAUGGAACCUUGCUGAGAGAACCUGCUUCACCCAAGAUCACACCUGCUGAGAGAGGGGCCUGCUGGCAAAGACAAGCGCUGAGUCCAGACGUCUGGUGAAUCCAGAGAGAGGAGACUGCUGCUGACCGGCCUGGCUAAUCGUGUUGUGAGGUAGACUUGAAAAGCCAGUAACAUCUCAGCAACAUAGGCAUACAUUUUGGAAAUAUGGAGGACCAAUCAGAUCCAGGCAUGUAUGGAGGUUGAAGCACCAAUCACAUCGCAGAAGCUACUGAGGACCAAUCAGAUUCAAGUAUAUAAGAUGAUGUCACAAUGAAGGGAGAACCAAUUAAAUAAACUAGCGAGGACCAAUAAGAUUGCGGAAGGUGUGAUGAUGUCACAGAAGCUAGUGACAUCACCGAGUUCUGAGCCUUAGAAAACCACUGCCUGACAUUAUCUCAGCCAGAUUUUCUCUGGAUAUAGAGAGAGACAGAUCGGCUUGUGCUUUUGCUUAGCAAAUCCU